CCAACAAGAGGUAGUCGCUGGGAGGGAGCCAAUCAGCACCUAUAUCUCUUACCUGGAAGACAAGGGUGUGGUACAGGAGAGGGAGGGGGCUGUUAUUUAAACAGUAGGACGAGGGAAGUUUCAGGCCACUUGAGCACCUGUUCAACAUACAAGAUGCAGGGAACAGCUUUAAUACUGCCUUACAUUGCUAUAGCAGUAACAGGGGUGCUUUCCUUCCCAGCACCUCCAUCUCUCCCACAAUUCAACUUGCACACAAGGACAAAGAGAUGUUCCUGCAAUACAUGGAUGGAUAAGGAGUGUGUGUACUUCUGUCACCUGGAUAUAAUAUGGGUAAACACCGGAGGACAAACCCUUCCUUAUGGGCUAGGGAACCCACCAAGGCGUCGUAAGAGAACAACACCCCGCUGUCAAUGUGAGGAUAAAGGAGAUGGAGUAUGCAAGACCUUUUGCCACCAGACAACAAGGGACAUUGUUGACAAUAAAGCAAGAGCAGUCAAUACGGAUCUGCCACAAAAACCCUUCCGAAAAGUGAAGAAAUCGCAAGUCAACCUCUUACAUGCUUUGCGACACAUCUCAGCAUUGAGCAACCUGAAAACCAGCCAUGGCUCUAUCCCUUGGUUCUCAGUGUCUCCGGACUCCACGAGUUGGAAGAAGAAGAGAUAAAGUAUGAAAGCAGAGACAGUGAGAGGUAGAGAAGUAAAAUGCCUUAAAAUAAUUGAGGCUUAAAGAGUUCCAAAUAUUCGGAAGGAGGGUUCUUCCGUUUUUUUGGUUUGCCAGAUGGAGCUAUACUCCAUAACCAGCGGCUGUUCAGCCAUACUUGUCAAGGGUGAAGCAACUUGUUUCCACAACCCUGAAGACUUUGACAUGGAGGACACAAGUGUUUACAGGUACUUGUGCAUUUUACUAAAGUUGAUGAAAUAAGGAAUAUUGAGCUUUUUCAUUCGGAUUAAAAGAGUCGAUAAGUGAUUGGAUUUUUUACAAAAUAAGAGAGACAUAUUAAAGGAAGUGGAUAAAGGGGAAGCAUGUGAUUCCUGCAAACAGACAAAUACAAAUAUAAUAUUGAAAAGUCAAACAUCACAAUGUCUGCCCAAAAAUGGAAAAAGACAUAUUUUUUAGUAUGGAACCGUGAAGAUGCAAAAUUCUUUCAAGGAAAUGUGAUGUGCUGCUACAGAAAACAGCGACAACAGCUCAGUUGUGCCGGCAGUCCCGGCCAUUUGCCUAAUGGUCACCAAUAGUGGAACAAUGGCAUCAUCUAGUUCUAGUAGGUAGAUGAUUAAAGUCUGCAAAGGCAAGAUUUCUUUGUUAGAACAUUUACUAUCAUAGAUUGGUUACUAAAGCAAGAUCAAAAUAUCUUUGUAAAAAAUGGAGAAGAUUGCUGGCAAAGAAUGAGAAGCAAUGCCUGUAUUGAGCAGUGUUUGUGUCUGCUUUGUAUGAUAGAUGCACACACCCUUCUGUUGUAAAGCAUAUGGAAUAUGCUGAGGCUUUAUAAAUGUGAUAAUACUAGUGAUGCUCAGGUGGGACACCAUACUGCGUAGAAGUAAAGGAGAUGCCAUUAAAAUGAUUGCCUUCCUAAAAUACUAACCUACAGUAUGCAGAAACAAAGGUUUUCCCACUUCAUUAUGAAUCAGGUCUACAAUCAGGUGCCCAAUAAUCAUUUGCUAAAAGAGGAAUAAUAUCAUAGGUAUUGCAGUGUGAUUGUUAGAAAAACUGUUGGAGGAGAUAAAUGUUUUUGACACAUGGGUGGCAUCCAAAAUUACUAGCCAACUGCUGCAAUCUAUAGAGGUAUGUCAAAAAGGGCCAAAAACACUGAAACAUAGCCCCCCAGCUCAAAAGGGAACAUACAUCAAGUCCAAAAAAAUAUAUUCCAAAACAUUCUUUCAAAGUUAAAAAAUGUACUCUUUAUUCAGCAUAAAUAUUAAAAAGUAGGCAUGAUGCAAUGCCUAUGAAUAAGUGCUGGUGGGCACAAAACGCGUAAGGCGGAGCAUAAAUUGGUCUGUAUGCCUACUUUUUAAUAUUUACGCUGAAUAAAGAGUCAAUUUUUUAACUUUGAAAGAAUGUUUUGGAAUAUAUAUUUUUUUGGACAUGGGUGGCAUCACCAUCAGCUGCUGGGGGCAGAGAUCACUCGCUAAGUGCAACACUCUAUCAACUGUAGAGUUUCUGAUAAGAUAUCAAGUCAAUGGUUUAGAACAGAUGUCUCCAUGUGGCUCUAAUAAGUCCAAUGGCCAUGAAUGCUGACAUGACAUACAUUUAAAUAUCUGAUUUUUUUUUUGUCGUUUCAAUUUUUGUUUAUAUAAGUUUGAUUGAAUUUUGAAAUGGAGAUCUAGAAACACAUAAGGCUGUGUACCACGAAGCUCUUACACACAUUACCCAACAGUAAGUGACCUUAGUGGUUUCUCACCAUGGGAGCUGGUUUAAAUGAAUACAUAUUAAGCACAUGUGUAAGAUACCUUACAUGAACAUGUGACAGAGGUUUAAAAAAUGACUUGAAUAUACCCAUGAGCCUCUUUCACUAAUGCUAAUAUUGAAUUCUCCUUUAAAUCAUUGGAUACAUAAUUAUUUUAUAUUUCUGUUAUAAUUAUAUAAGGAUAAUAUUCAUAAUGGAUGAAUUAGAUGAGGCCUUUAUGUGGGCUUAUAAAAUAAUUUGUGAUUUUGUUUUUUCUCAUCAAGCAUAUUAUCAUUUGUAUUCUGUACAUUCAUAAUAUAAUAUAUUGUCAUCUUCAAAUAGGAUAUUUUGUUUGUAUACGUACUGUGUAUCCUGACUGUGGGAAAAUUUUUUUUGCUUCCAGUGUGUAACUUUACAACAGUGUAUUGCCUCCAAAUAAUACAAUAAAAUGUCAUUUAGU